AAAAAGUGUAUCUUCCGGUUGCUAAUGUGAAUUGUGAACUACAGAUACGUAAAGAAGACAAAUUGCAUGGACAUGAGUAUUAUCAUCAGGAUCUAAAAGACUCUGAAGAAUGUUCUUCAGGCUUGUCGUGGAUUUUUCUGGAAAAAAGAAUCUGUGAAAUUAUGUGAAUAGUGACCAUUUUUGAAAACCAUGGGGGAAAGAGAAAGAAGUCCAGAUACUGACCAAGAAAGUCAGGCAAGCAAACACCAUUACUGUUACUGUUCAUCUAAUUAUGAAACGACACCACAGUCUUCUGGCCGGUCAUCGCUGGUCAAUCCCUCUUCACCCACAAGCAUUAAGGGAAAAAGUCCUAAAAGACAAAUUUCAGAGAGCCAAGUGCAUCACCAAGCCCCUAGGAAACCAAGUCCUAAGGGUCCACCAAACAGAAAGGGAGCCCGAGUGGGAUUUCGUUCCCAGAGCCUCAAUAGGGAGCCACCACGGAAAGAUAUUGAUCUUGUUACAAAACGGGUUCUUUCUGCAAGACUGCUAAAAAUCAAUGAAUUGCAGAAUGAAGUAACUGAACUCCAGGUCAAGUUAGCUGAGCUGCUAAAAGAAAAUAAGGCUUUGAAAAGACUUCAGUACAGACAGGAGAAAGCCCUGAAUAAGUUUGAAGAUACAGAAAAUGAAAUCUCACAACUUAUUGCUCGUCAUAACAAUGAGAUUACGGCACUCAAAGAACGCUUAAGAAAAUCUCAAGAGAAAGAACGGGCAACUGAGAAAAGGGUGAAAGAUACAGAAGGUGAACUAUUUAGGACAAAAUUUUCCUUUCAGAAACUGAAAAAGAUCUCUGAAGCUAGACACCUACCUGAACGAGAUGAUUUGGCAAAGAAACUAGUUACAGCAGAGUUAAAAUUAGAUGACACCGAGAGAAGAAUUAAGGAACUAUCAAAAAACCUUGAGCUGAGUACUAACAGUUUCCAACGACAGUUGCUUGCUGAAAGGAAAAGGGCAUAUGAGGCUCAUGAUGAAAAUAAAGUUCUUCAAAAGGAGCUACAGCAGCUCUAUCUCAAAUUAAAGGAAAAAGAGAGAGAACUGGAUAUAAAAAACAUAUAUUCUAAUCGUCUACCAAAGUCUUCUCCAAAGAAAGAAAAAGAAGUUAUAUCAAGAAAAAAUGCUGCAUGCCAGAGUGAAUUUAUAUACCAGUGUACAAAAGGAGUACAAACCAGUGAAGACUUCAAGCUGGAAGAAUUUCCUGUUAUACCACAAACAGUUAUCUGUUAUGAAAACAGAUGGGAAGAACCUGAACGUCUUACUAUGGACCUGAAGUCUCAAGAGAGAGGUGAUCAUGAAGAAGCAGGGAUUCUAAAUCCAGUAUUGGAAAGAGAAGAAAAAUUUGGUAAAGAUCAAGGACUCCAUGUUGUAAAACAGGAGGUUGAGAAGCUGGAGGAUGAAUGGGAAAGAGAAGAACUUGCUAAAAAGCAAAAAGAAAAGACAUCUUUGCUGGAAAGAGAAGAAAAGCCAGCAUUGGAAACUGGCAGAUACCAAGUGGAAAUGUACCAAAUUCAAAAUAUUGAUAAAUUGGAAGAAGAGGAAGAAGAAAGACUGAAAAGAGAAAUGCUGCUCGCUAAACUGAAUGAAAUCAACAGAGAACUCCAGGAUUCUCAGAACCUGAAAUGUUUUCCCCGGCCAUUGCUACCUGAUUUGGAAUCUAAACUGCACUCCCCAGAGAGAAGUCCCAAAACAUACACAUUCUCUGAAUUCUCAGAGACAUUAUUUAAUGGGCAUCAUUUGCAAGACACUAGUCUUUUAACUACAGAAGGAGAUGGUCAGAAUCCAGGAAGUAUUAGAAGCCCAGUGACUCCAAAUGAGCUAGCAUUUGGCAGCUAUGUGCCUUCAUUUGCAAAAACAUCAGGGAAGUCAAAUCCAUUUAGCCAAAAGAGUGGCCUUUGGGAUUUCCAAAGAAACGGUAUAGAGAAAUUUUGUAAAGACAGUGUAGAUUUAACUAUAAGAAAAGCGAAGAAAGCUAAUCUGAUGGAACAGCUAUUUGGUGCCAGUGGCAGCAGCACCGUUUCCUCUAAAAGCAGUGACCUGAAUUCUCUGGCUGCCAGCAAAGGAGACUUUGACCCUCCGAAUUUUCUCCCUAGGGACAAAAGCACCAGGGACAGAGAACACAAUGAAGAUGAUUUUUUCCUCAGUGAAGGAAGAAGUUUUAAUCCAAACAGACACCGAUUAAAACAUGCAAAUAAUAAACCAACAGUAAAAGCAGUUGAUUCUGUAGAAGAUGAAAUUGAAGAAGUAGCACUGAGAUGACUAACUAGAGUAUACAUUUUUCCAAUUGUAAAUACGAAAAUAUUUUAAUACAGUAUUUAUUAUAAACAUUAAAGCUUUUUAAUAUUAAAAAGUCCUUAUUAAGAAAUGAUUUUUAAUAAAGUGCAAAUAAAAAGAAGUAGAUCAUAUCUAGUAGAUUAUAGCUAGUUUGCCAAGAAUGAAGGAGGCUCUUUUGAAUGAAACCAAAAAUAGAGGUAUGUAUUACUUGGUUUUGACUUUUUACUUACAAAUAGGUUUUACCUCUUAAAUCAGCUCUAUAAGAAGUUUUACUCCAUUGGAGUUCAUAUUUAUUUUCUAUUUUUAUCCCUAGUUAUUUAUUUGUAUUUAGCUCAGUGAGGAUGUGACCAAAAUUAGUCUUCCCGCUGAUUAUUGAGUGGAAAUUAAUGGUGAGAGGCUCUAUGUUGGGAAGUGUAGGUCCCAGGUGGUGGAGAAUGGGUGCUACUUGGGAGCCUUGUCUUGUAUGGGUUGGGGGGCAGGGCUCCCUUUCUUACAUGGCAAGGCUGAGCUACUCUUAAGUGGAAGCAGUCACGAUAUUGGGAUUGCCCAUUCCUUUGGAAGGAACCAGAGUUAAACACAUUUCCCAAUUACAAGUCUCAUUAAGUCACUUACCUACAACUGUGCUAAUAACAUGAGGUUGAAUUCAGAAGACGUUUGUUUGCAUGUACAGUUCCCUGACAUGGUUCCCAGUGUAAACAGUAAUUCCUUUCCUUGUUCUCCUACAUUAUUUUUGUCUAGGUGAGAUUUCGUAUCAAAUAUAUGGAAUAGAAGAAAUUUCAUUCCAAGAUAGAAACAAUUUAGACUCACUUAUGUUUCCAAAGUAACGUAACUUGGAAAUUUUAAUGUGUACUAUUAACAUUAGAACUUACUGUAAAACCAAAGAGACAAUGAUAAUAUAAUACUAUUGGAUUUACAGGACUACUUUUGAGGCAACCUUGGUUAAAUGCUCUAGAAAUGGGACUUGUACCUUGCUAUGUGGGUGGAGGUUUUUCUGUUGAAAUGCUUUGGUCUUUUGCAGUUUGUAGUGCACAUCAUCUACAAAGGAAUUCAUGAUCUUGGAUUAUGCUGGGUAUGAUUGGUCUUUAAGAAGCAAUAAUACAUCACCAACCAAGGAGAGUUUUCUGUUAACACUGUUAAAAUGAAGAAUGGUGGAGAUAGUGUGCCGGGGGAAGAACAAAAACGUGUAGAUUGGCACUUAUUCUAACGUGAGUUUUUUUUCCCCCCAAGAAUUUACUAUGUAUUCACUCAUAGUAUGAUUUCUAAUGCCUCCCAUACAUACUGAUGAGAACACUAGAGUUACUGUUUUAUCUUGAGUCCUUAUAAAUGCUUAUUAUUUAGUAUAAUUUCAUAAUUAUUUGACAAGACUUACCUGGUUAGGUCUCUAAUAAAGAUAUAACAGCUGUCUUCUAAAUUGUGUUCCUGUCAUUUACUGCGAAUCAAAUCUCCCCAAAGUGCUAACCUAUAUUAAAAAAAAUUUGGAUAUUUUUAUGUCUGAUACAAAUAAGCAUUUAGUAUGUUGCAAAUCACUCUAAUAUAUGUAAACCACAAUAUUGUAAUGCAGUUCUUGAUAAAAUAUUAUGUAAUGUUACUUUUGUUCAUAGCUGCUAAUUUCUCUGCCAAAACUGUUAUAAUAUUUAGGUUGUUUUGUUUUAAAGGCUUUUAAAAAAGCCUUUUAGUAAAGUUUUUUAUUCAGGUCAUUUUUAUUACUCUUGCUUUUGUCUACCUGAUGUUUUCUAGUCUCUUUAACUAGAUGCAGCAAGACAGAAUUUUUAAAUUUAAACCUAAAAUUAAGUUAUAGACUUAGAAGCAUUAUGGUGUAAAGCAUUAAAAUUGGAGAUUAAAAUGUAUAGAACAGGUUUUUAUGAACAAACCUUAGUGAAUCUUUUUUUUUUCUAAAUGUCAAGUUAAAUUUGUUGUUUGUACUCAGAACUCUUACUAAUAAAAAUUAAAAACAUGCUAUGACUCUUUGUUUGAAUACCUUAGGUCACUUAGGAAAUAUAUAGUGGAAACAGGACCUGCAGCGUUAAUUUUUAUUUUAUUAUUCACCUUUUUUUCUGUCCAGUAUUUUUAGCUGAGGUAGAUGAAUUUGUCCUAAAUCAGGGUGUAGACAGUAUGCUAGUCUUAUCACAUAAUUAUAGUUUUUAAUUAAUCCUUUCAACCUUAAUAGCUAUCAUAAUGGUAUAUAUUGUGAAUAUAAAAAAGGGUGG